AUGGCCCCAAAUUCGAAGCUCGCUUCAUUUGAACGGUGGUUUCCUCAUGGUAAUAUUGAGCGCCCCAUAACAAUCCCAUUCAGGAAAAUAUUGCAGCAUCAUCUUAAGGAGUCAACAGAUUCGAUCCAAUCACCUCCAUUUUCAAGGAGGAUCUUUCACCUUCAAAAGCAAAAAUUGCUAAACUCAAAGCAAAAGCUAAUUCAGAGAAAUCAGAAUCUUGACCCAGAAGAGGAAGUCACAUACAGAUUCCUCAUAUCUGCUAGAUCCAAAGUCUCACACCCUCCAAUUCCAGACGACUAUUUUGGAAUCACCGUGCAAUUCACUACUGUGACGAUGAAAGUAAGGGACUUAGUGGGAGAUGGAGGCUUUGGAAAGUUUGUUUGGGAGAUGAACAAGGAAAUCUUAUCAUGCACUGAAGAAAAGAUCAAGAGCGACUUUGAAGCCUGGGUACGAAAUCCAACAAUGCGUACCCAACGUGCCACAAUCGGGAAGUUCAUGACAACUGGCAGCUCCCCAAGAACCAACUUUUAUGAGAUCGAUUUCGGUUGGGGAAGACCAGUGGCGGUUCGCGGCGGCGGAGCCAAUGCGAAGCAGUGGAAGCUGGCGGUCGAUGCCGGAGCAGAAGAAGGUAGCUUUGAUGUUGAACUAUGCGCCUCUUACGAAAUACUGGAAGCUUUGGCUGGAGACCGUGAAUUCAUAGAAGCAGUGGAUUUGCCAUUGCCAGCGGAGCUAACGCCAUCCAGUAAAGUAGCACGGACUCGACUAUGA